UACGCUAAAUGAAGAUAAAUUGUUUGUAGCGGGAACAGCUUUGGAACCAGCAGCGAUGAAGACCACAGUAAAUGAUUGGCUCGACGGGAGAUCUCAUCUCGACCAGUAGCUUGUUUGAUUGGAUUUGGUUCGAGUUGCAGGAUAAACUGAACUGAACCGAUGCAUUGGAAGAACAUUUUAUGAUCUGAUAACUCAAUUUUUUAUCUUUGUGUUCUUGGGAUCGUCACGAAAGAAUGAAAUUAUAGUUUCAAUGUGAAUAAGAAUUAAUGAUUGGACAAAAACGAGAUAAAAAGACAAAAACGAAGAUCAUUGGAUGCAGUUAUCUCAGUUUGAAGACAAGGAAAACCCGAACAAAAACAACGGAGAUAUAGAUGGUGAAUUCCCAACGCCUACGAACCGGAAAUUCCUUUAAAGUCUACUAGAAUCUCUACGUCUUUCAUUGCGAGCAGACGGCGUGCAACUCGACGCGUUAGCGUAAUGGUACAGGCAACACUACCAUGGAUGGCUUGGAACUUUAUUUUUUUGCUUGUGCUUUUUCAAACUGCAUCGGCAAACGCUGCACCGAAAACUGUAUAUAUAGCAUCAACAAGCAAACACCACGAUGUCCUUCUAGAAAAAUCCUUGAUAUCUGCAAUAAACUACAUCAACAAUAACUCUAGUAUUCUACCUGGCACAGACAUCAAAUUUAUCUCCAAUACUACAAAGUCAAUCAAAGAAAACUUACUGGACUAUGUGAAAUUACUAUCCCAGCUUGACGUCAUCGCCGUAAUUGUAAACUCUCGUCCCGAGUCCACACUCGACAUUCUUGGAUCCAUGCUGCACAUUCCCAUGAUAACCAAGCAUGAAGUACAUGGCCAUUUCCCUGGCAACGGAACACAAGCACCGAACAGUGAUUGCCUGGGGCCGAGUUCACAUGACGUCAGAUUGGCCAUGGUUGACAUUUUGAAGAAAAAUGAUUGGACUGAUAUCCUGGUGAUCUACGAUGUCCAGUGGAGAAGCCAAGCAAAUGCCUUCAUAUCUGUUCUUCCACCCAAUACAAAGUACAGUAAACUUACUUUAGAGAUCGACGAGGAGAAGGCUCUUUGCGACGACACCAAGAGGCAACUAAACAGUCUACAUAAUGCUCCAGUACAAGCUAUUGCACUGUUCUGUGACUCAGAUCUCGUGGCGUCUGUUAUGGAUCAGGUACACUGCGUCUGCUCUUUUCGCAUAGAAAAACCACAUACCUGGCUGAUGGCAGAUAUGGUUCCAUCGUUGCCCUUAGCAGUCCAGUCCUCUCAGAUCAUGUUGGCUUUCAUGCCAGAUGUUAUGGACAACCAAUACACACGAUACUUGACUGACGAUCUUCGCGUGGAUGUUACCUCGAUCUAUAACUCUUCCCUUUUUGCGUUCGACGCAACGUUGGUGACUGCGCAUGCGCUAGAAAGCCUCAUCAACAAAAGAUUGUGGGUAGGAGAUGAUAAUACUCCCAGCAAAACAGGUUUGACCAUCUCUGCCAACGGACCCCAGUUACAUCAACAAAUAAAAGAGCUAACGAUUAACAGCACGACAGGAAUUAUUUCAUUUGGUAAUGACGGCACAAGACGACAAAUGAGGCUAGAAGUAUUAAAUCUACAGGAAAACAGAUUUAUCAACGUUGGGACUUGGGACUCAAUGAACAAGUUAAAAUUGACCAAAAAAAUUGUCCAGAACAGACCUACGUCGGAACUCAUCCCCCUUGACAAACUCAACAGAAGGCUGAAAGUGGUUGUAGUCGUGGACCCACCCUUUGUGAUGCGCAAUAACGAAGGGAAACUAGAAGGAUACAGUAUUGACUUGAUUGAUCUCAUCGCCAAGAAGUUGAAUUUUCGUUACGAUAUCUACCUGGCUCCUGAUGGUCUGUACGGCGGGAGGGCAGAUGGAGGAAGAUACAAUGGAAUCGUUGGACAGCUGACACAAGGGUUGGCAGACUUGUCUACGUCUCCACUAACCAUCAACUCAGAGCGCCUACAGAUCGUUGAGUUCAGCAAACCGUUCAUGCAAUUCACUAUGAGCUUGAUCACCAAGAAACUCGACUUUGACAACCAGGACUUGAUGGCAUUUAUGAUGCCCUACUCCUCGACUGUCUGGUUCUUGACAUUAGCAUGUCUAGUGGUAGUCACAGGUUUAAUGUAUGUGGUGAAUUACAUCAGUCCUUAUGGCUACCGGCACUCCAAAUCAGCCAAAAAUGGCGAAGCAUUUAACCUAUUUAACAGUCUCUGGUUCUGCUUGGCGUCCAUGUUACAACAAGGAGCAGAUAAUACUCCGAGGUCUCUGUCUGGUCGUGUUCUUGCUGGCUGUUUCUGGUUCUUCAUACUGAUAUGGAUCUCUACCUACACGGCAAACCUAGCUGCAUUCUUCACAGUACGUAACGCUAGAAAACCAGUCAGCACACUGGAAGAGGUAGUAGAUGGUGACCACCAUUUCUAUAUUAUCCGAGACACGGCAAUUCACCAGUUUUUCCGGGUGGCGAGCUACCAGACGUACAGAAAACUGUACGAAAGAGUCAAUGCUCAGAAUACUUUUGUUAACUCAACGAGCGCAGGGUACGGUGUUGCCAGGAAGAAGAAGAACGCCGUUUUUAUGGCGGAAAAACCAUCGACUGAGUACGUUAUUAUGCAAGAGCCAUGUGACUUAACUGCAGCAAGUGGAUUGUUAGGAGCAAGUAGUUACGGCAUAGCGAUGCCAAAACACUAUCCUUAUGCUAGGAAUAUAUCAGUGGCUGUUCUGACUCUCCAUGAGACUGGCGUACUGGACUCCCUGUGGAGAAAAUGGUGGGACUACAGAAGUCAAUGUCCGAAGGAACAAAGUAGAUCAGCCAUAGGCACAGGAAAGCAGAUAGAGCUUAGCAGCAUGAUUGGCGUCUAUGUGGUACUGGCCACUGGUGGUAUCUCUUCAAUAGUUCUCGUGGUCGGUGAGAUAUACUGGAGUAAACACGGCAGAUACUUCAAAGCCUUGUUCAGGAAUGAAUUUGGUUCAUUUGGUGUUGCAAAAGCCAACACGCAUCACGCGGCAACCAAUAGUGUACCAGUGUUACGAGUACAGUCUGUAAAGACCACGGACCUUUAGCGACUUUAGCGGUUUUGAUUAUACAAAAAAACAAUAAAGUGACGUUACGUGGAUAUUGUGUUACCAACAAGUAUAUCUUGUGAUGAUUCUAAGUAUUGCGUGACGUCUUUGUAAUGGAGAAAUGAAUGCUGAUUUGCGUGACACCUGGAUAGGUAAGGACUGAAGAAGCUGCAGCAAGUACAAAUAUCAUGGGACUUGGAUCUGAUGCUGAAGUAUGCAGUUGUGCGAUGGAAAUCACGUAAACCUCGUACGUGUCACGCAGGAAACACAGUGACAUUACUCUUGCGUUACUUAUUUAUAGCUACCAAGAUAAACCAAGGGGCUUUAUUUAUAGACUUAGUGAAGACAAAACCCGUAAUUCACGUAAACCUCGUACGUGUAACGCAGGAAACACAGUGACAUUCUCUUGCGUUACUAACUACCAAGAACUAUAUUCAAGUAAAGACAGAACCCUGACUAAACCUUAAUGAAGGGGGUCAAAACCAAGUAAAGGUCAACGAGGCUGAGGUGUACGCCAUAUUGUACUGACUUUCUCGUAACAUAAUAGGGGGGAGGGGAGGGAUUCACACGAGACCUGAUAAGUAGUAUUGUAGUACGGUACACUGGAGUUUUACUUUGAGGACGAGCGUUCAAAUUUGUACAUUUUUUGGUAUCAACAACAUAAAAUGAUGCAAAGAGUACGCGGUACUUGGAGUAAUCCAGUACCGCUCGAAAGCUGGAUUUUCAUUGCUCCCUAAGUAUAGUACCGCUUUUGUAACUUUAGGUUUAGUACUAUUGUUUGGAUGACCAAUCUACUGUUUUUUAAUCCAAUCAUGUAACUUGUUCCGAGCGGUACGGGCUGGCUCGGUCCUUGUCGAAUCAGACUACUCGUCUCGACAAAUGCGUGACAAAAUGCAUGAAAAGGCGUGACAAAAUGCUUGACUUCCAMAAUGUUUUUCAUUCGCAUAGUUAUUUUAAAAAAGGUUAAUAAAGGUUUUGUUGCAUGUUGCAUGCUGUAUACCAAGCCUGAAAUGCACUAUGGGUGACGUGAAUGCUAUCGAGGUUAAAACAAAAUGGAAUUUUACAAAAGCUCUGUAAGUUUUUUCGGUUUAUCUUCUUCUGUAUUGACAUUAUUUACACAUGAUUAUCAUACGUUUCUAGCUUAGUAUGCAAAAUGCAACGAAAUCUUUACCAACCUUUUUUGAAAAAGCUGUAUCUGCUGGCUCGUGUAGUACGCCAGUCGAUCUUGUCACUCAGUACUCCCUUGAGUACUUUUAUAGGGUGCUCGAAGUCCUCUUUGAAUAAGACGUUUCAUAGUGACGUCAUUUGACUCCCACUUCCACGAUGCUUCGCGAAUUUUCUUUCUUAUUUGAAAAUUCCCUCAUGAGAACAGUCAGACAAUUGAUGCUAAUUAAGUGACCAAAUAAGUGUGCAAGGGAUUCUGGUAGUAGAGGUCAAUACAUCCUAUUGAAGUAAAUUCCCAAUGUGAGCAUUAAGAACUCUCCAUUUUCACGCUUGUGCGCAUGCCCAGACCACCAGGUCUUGUACAAUGUACAAUAUCUUGUUGUUCCCGUGGAACUCUUUGUUUUAUGUCGGAAAAAAAAACAUCCAAUAAAUUCACAUUUGACAAGACAAGACCUUAAAAAUCAGAACGAUAAUACUGAAAGGUAUCUUGAAAACAUAUAUAGAGUACAUGCCAUAUAUCUGUAAAAUACAGAACCCCAAUAAUAUUAAAGGAAUAGAGUGCACACCAUAUAUCUGUAAGAUACAGAACCCCAAUAAUAUCAAAGGAAUACAGUGCACGUCAUAUAUCUGUAAGAUACAGAACCCCAAUAAUAUUAAAGGAAUACAGUGCACACCAUAUAUCUGUAAGAUACAGAACCCCAAUAAUAUUAAAGGAAUACAGUGCACACCA